AGCCCAGAGCCCUCGGAGACACACGUCUGUGUGGUUGUUGGACUCAAACGGCUCCAGUGUGUCUUUAAGUGCGCGUGUGUGUGGAGUUUUCCUGCGCCGGGUGAUCGGAUAGGAGGGGUUGGAGUGAGUGACGCUGGCUGCGCCUUGGUGCUGAGCGGAGCGCUCACCUGCAGAUGAGAGAGCCGGGGAAAAACUCGGGUCAGAGCUGCAGCACAAGCACGGAGCGUGAGGAGGGACGUAACGCACCAGCCUCACCAAGUCUACAGGAGGACUUAAGGCAACCAGCGAGGGAGAAUCCCGAACCGAUCCGCUCUCUUCGGUUCCCGCCCAGGCAGCCCUGACUCGACUUGACUCGCUUAUUUUUGCUCGCCACAAUGAGAAGUGACUUCGCCGUGGUCCUGACAGCAGUCCUUCACACGUUCUGGGGGAAUAAUGCCGAGCAUGCCUCCAAAGGUUCCUGUCGGCCCGGCUUCUCACAAAGCUUCUACUCCGUGCUGAUUUCAAGGGAUGUACUGCAAGGCCAGGGCAUCGUUAAAGGUACCACAGUAUCAUCACAAAAAGUGACGUUUGACGACUGCAUGGAGAAUGAAGGCGUGGUUUUCCAGAGCAGCGACCCCAUCUUCAGCGUGCGGCAGGAUGGGUUUAUCUUUGCCCGGGGAGAUGUAGCCAGCCUGGAUGAACCAGUUCAGUUUAAACUGACAGCAAGUGGCCCAUACACAAAUGUCUGGGAAACUGUGAUUCAGCUGGCGGUGACUGACCCACCAUCACCUGAGCAAAAUGACAAUGAGGUCACGGAGGGAGAGAAGAACCCCAGCGAGAGAAAACAAAAGAAGGUGGCUGUCCUAGCGCCACCUCCUGUCAUCAUGUUCUCAGGAUCCCACAAAAGCAUCACCAAGGGCCAUCGCAGGCAGAAGAGGGAUUGGGUGAUCCCGCCAAUCAACGUGGCAGAAAAUUCUCGGGGCCCGUUCCCUCAGAUGCUCGUCAGCAUUCGUUCAGACCAAGACAAGGACAUCUCCGUCCGAUACAGCAUCACUGGGGUUGGAGCUGAUCAACCACCCAACGAGGUGUUCAGCAUCGACCCCGUGCUUGGAAAGAUGUUUGUCACCAAACCUCUGGAUCGUGAACAUAGAUCGUCCUACCAUCUGCGAGCUCAUGCUGUGGACAUGAAUGGCAACCAGGUAGAGAAUCCCAUCGAUCUGCACAUCUUUGUCAUUGACAUGAAUGACAACAGGCCCGAGUUCAAAAACCAGGUCUACAACGGGUCUGUGGAUGAAGGCUCCAGACCAGGAACUUACGUGAUGCAUCUGUCAGCAUUUGAUGCGGAUGACAACACCACAGCUAAUGGAAUGGUCCGCUAUCGGAUCCUGCCCCAGACACCACACAGCUCUAUUCCCAACAUGUUCACCAUCAACAGUGAGACGGGGGAUAUUGUGACAGUAGCACCUGGACUUGACAGAGAGAAAGUGUCUCAGUAUACCAUCAUUGUGCAAGCCACGGACAUGGAGGGCAACCUAAGCUUUGGCCUUUCCAACACAGCCACUGCUAUCAUCACAGUCACGGACAUCAAUGACAACCCUCCCAUGCUGACCUCCAGAACUUUUUCUGGUGAGGUCCCAGAGAACCAAGUGGAUGUUGUGGUGGCUAACCUGACGGUUAUAGACGCGGACCAGCCUCACUCCCCUAACUGGAACGCCGUCUACCGGAUCAUCAGCGGCGACCCGGCCGGUCACUUCACCAUCCGAACUGAUCCGGUCACCAAUGACGGCAUGGUCACUGUGGUGAAGCCAGUGGACUUUGAGAUGAACCGUGCCUUCAUGCUGACAGUGGUGGCAUCUAACCAGGCUCACCUAGCCAGCGGCAUCCUGUCCUCACUCCAGUCCACUGCAGGAGUCACCAUUUCUAUCCAGGACGUCAACGAACCUCCUUACUUUCCCACGAACCCCAAACACAUUCGCUUCGAGGAGGGUGUCCCUGCUGGGACCAGCCUGACCACGUUCUCGGCUUCAGAUCCUGACCGACUUCAGAUGCAACAGAUAAUCAGGUAUUCAAAGCUGAAUGACCCAGCGGACUGGUUGUCCAUCAACAGAACCAAUGGUCAAAUAGUGACAACAGCAAUGCUCGAUCGGGAGUCUGUUCAUGUGAAGAACAAUAUAUACGAAGCAACAUUUCUGGCCACAGACAAUGGCUCCCCUGCAGCCAGUGGCACAGGCACGCUGCAGAUCUAUUUGAUAGAUAUUAAUGACAACCCCCCAGCGCUCGUACCCAGGGAGUCUCAAAUCUGUGAAAGGAUGAACAAGAACGUCAAUGGUGUCAACAUCACUGCAGCUGAUGCUGACACAGAUCCCAAUGCUGGACCUUUUGUCUUCGAGCUGCCUAACUUCCCCAGCAGCAUCCGACGCAACUGGACCAUUUCACGGAUCAGCGGUGAUUUUGCCCGUCUGGGUCUUCGGUACCAGGUGUAUUUAGAGCCAGGGAUGUACGAGGUCCCUAUAAUUGUCUCAGACUCGGGCAACCCACCGUUGUCCAACAGGUCGGUCAUCAAGGUGAAGGUGUGUCCAUGUGACGAACACGGAGACUGCACGACACUUGGUGCCGUUGCAGCUGCUGGUUUGGGAACCGGCGCCAUUAUCUCUAUCCUCAUCUGCAUCAUCAUCCUGCUCAGCAUGGUGCUGCUGUUCGUGGUGUGGAUCAAGCGCAGAGAGAAGGAGAGGCAGACGAAGCAGCUGCUCAUCGACCCUGAAGACGAUGUCAGGGACAACAUCCUUAAAUAUGAUGAAGAGGGAGGUGGUGAGGAGGACCAGGACUACGAUCUGAGCCAGCUCCAGCAGCCAGACUCUUUAGAACACAUCAUGAGCAAACCGCCCGGCAUACGCAGAGUGGAUGAGCGUCCCAUCAUCCCAGAAUCACAGUAUCCCAUCAGACCUGUUGUGCCCCACCCUGGAGACAUCGGGGACUUCAUCCACGAGGGGCUGCGAGCUGCAGACAAUGACCCUACAGCUCCUCCAUAUGACUCCCUGCUGGUGUUUGACUACGAGGGCAGCGGCUCCACCGCCGGCUCCGUCAGCUCCCUGAACUCCACCAGCACGGGGGACCAGGACUAUGACUACCUCAAUGACUGGGGGCCCCGCUUCAAGAAGCUGGCUGACAUGUACGGAGGCGGGGAUGAUGAUUAAAACCUCCCUGUCUCACACGCUCACACACACCCCUUCGUCCCGUCAGCUGGCUGCCAUGCUCUGUCCCUAACAACACAUGGGGCUAUUACAACCUCCUUGAACACCCCUUAACUGUUCACUCUGACCAAUCGACCAAUCCAGUAACCCACCACAGAGGACCAGUGCCACGAGCCAGUUUCCACUGGCUCCUGCUCUAAGACUGCAAUGGGAUCCCUGGUUUGCAAGCUUUUCAUAGUCUGUAUUCUCCAACUCAUGCUUUGGUUUCACUUAGGCUUUUUAUGAUGAAUUCAGCCUUUAUUUAAGUUUUAUUUCUAUCUCUUUAGUCCUCACUAUGGUUUAAACUCAAACUAAAUUUUACUCCUGACGGUUGUCACUUUCCCUUGCUGCUAGCCCCCCGCCUGCCUCUAUGAAGAAGCUUUAGGUUGCUGUGUCCGAGACAAAAGUGCAUAAAGAUUAUAAAAAGAUACGAUGACAGAUACGAAGGUCCAUCCACCAUGGAGGGUCCUGGGUUAGUCUUUUCUGAACUUGAAGUACUUAGAACAGAAGCACUGUUGUUUUAAAAAAAAGUGCCUUCAGUGGUGCAUAUUUUAGCAGACCCCUGCUAACUCAGGAUUGGUUUCCAUUAUCUGGGCUUACAAGCCCCCAUGUGACCCCUGACCCUUUAAUUCAGUCCUCCCUUGCCAUUCCUCCCUUCUGGCGGGGCUGUGAUAGCUGUGGGAGACGCUGGCGCUGGUUUCACAGGAGCUGAUACCGGGCUAAAGACAGAAGGCUUUAUUUAGACGUGCUGUAGGUCUACGGUGUGUCUGUAACUUAUGGACAAACUGUUAGGUGUCGGAGUCGGGCAGAGCUGUGCUGCGAUAGGCCACGGUCAAAGUGAAUGUGCCUGCUGAAAUCGGAGAUGCAUCAUGAGACUGUCUUAGCAAAGAAAUGCAUUGUGUCUUUGUACCUUGUGGUUGUAGCAGCUGUGUUUGUUUUGAUCUCUUUGCGUUUGCACUUGAUGAGGCUCGUCAUUAAAUACUAUGGCUGACAAGAAAAAUGUGUUGAGAAUGUUCCUGAACGUACGAGGGUUAUUUGGAUCAGUAAAAAUAGUUAUAUCGUUUUUUUCCACCAGUAGUAAUUAAAACCACACCUGUGACUUUAGUGAUAUGUCACAGAAAUAUGACAAGAGGUUAUAAGUAGCACCGAUGGUGUGACACACACACACACACACACACACACACACACACACACACUGUAGAGAAUUUGUGCCCAUCCCUGUUGCGUCACUCAUUUUAGGGUAAAAUUGUUUUUCUCCAAACAUUUGAUAUUCCAACUUUAGCGCUCGUCCCCGUCACGUUAUUAAAGAUAAAAGAUCCACACUUUUAAAGCGCCUUUCAGAGUCAGAAGACUCCAAAGAGCUUUACAUUACAGUGAAUCAUUCAUCCAUUCACAAGCUAAUGGUGAUGAGCUACAAUGUAGCCACAGCUGCCCUGGGGCUCACUGACCAAGGACCUUGUUUGGUCUGUUUCAGGCAGGUAUCUGAAAGUUUCUAUAAUUAUCAAGAUGUUUUCAGAGAUGUUAGAGAAAAUUAUGACUUUUUUGUGCAGCUUUAAUUAAUAUCUCUAAAGAUAACAAAUAUCUGCAAACAUAAACUCCCCUCGGCCUUUUUGUUCUUUCCAUAUCACCCAUAAAAUAACAAUGGUAAAAACUCUUGACCUGAAUGAAGCUGGUUGAAUUUUACAAAUAAAUAAACAAGAACACAGUGGCAAUAAAAGAUUGUCAAGGUGCAAUGUAAAAAUGAUACAAACAUGUGUAAAUUGUUUUUAUUUUUUCUAAAAUGAUGAGAAUUUGCUAUGAAGAAUUCUGUAUUUUAAUUGUAUUUAAUGGGUUUGGUUUAUUUAGAUUAUUUCAAGUUUCAGUUUAGAGUUUUGUGACCCAGAGAGGAGUCACUAUCUCAAACUUAGGAACCACUCUUCUACAUAUAUACAACAACAAAAAAACAAUUAUUGACUAUUCAGAAUAAAUGAAAAGGCCGCAUUUCUGAUAACGUUAAUGGGAAGAUUAAAUAAAGAGUGCUUUGAACACAAGCAGAGAAUGCAACAACCCACUGUAAAUAAAAAGGUCGACAGGGUGUUUCGGGUAAAUUGAGCAUACCCUGUUUUCUGCACUGUUGAAACUAAAAUCGGGGUUUAUCAGAACAAAUGUUUUCAGAGCUCACUGCAACUUUAGCUCUUCAUCAGCCUGCAGAACACACACAAAAUAAACACAGCUGUUCGUUUCUGCUAUAUGUGGUUAUUUCUGACAUAUAACUGUUGUAUACACAGAAGAUUUUUAUACAUGUGGUGACAUCUGUCUUUUUUUUCCACUGUAGUUUUGUUUCAGAUGAAAACCUGGCAAAUGAAAUUUCACUAAAAGCCAUGUGCAUUUAUUAGAAUUUGUAUGACUCUGUAUGGGCUAACAGCCAUACUUUCACUGCUUCAUCCUGGCGAGAGGGUUCCACUCCAAAACAACCUGUACAGAUGUUAAUACUCACUCCUCUAGGCCUUACUGUAUAUAAGUGAGUGUUCUAUAAGAAAUGAGCCCAUUUAACAGUGUUUUAGAGCUGCAGCAUCACCAACGGCCGCCCCGUCCACAGAAACGCUUCGGCGAGCACUCCUGUUCUGUGACCAGACAUUCAGAUCAGUUUCACACACUCUACUCAAGGCAACUGACCUUUAUUACUGUGUCAUACAUACACAUGUGACACAAUGCCAUUGUGAUGCUGAAUGUUUUUAGACACAGUUACACUUGGCUGCAGCGCAGUCAGGAGAACCUGACCUUGUUGAAAUUCAAUUUCUGAGCGUAAACGAAGGCAGAUUUCUUGUUGCCCACUUGGCCUCAUUUGAUGUACGAACAUUCUUAAAGUGAGGAGAUUUUAGGAAUAAAGCUGCACUGCCGUAGUUCAAAGCCGAGUUCUGCAGGACAUUUGGAUCCUUUCUGGACAUUCUGGACACACAUGUGACAAGAAAUGACAAAAGAUGCCAAACGUUUGUGGCCAGAUUCCUAAAAGUGGACAGCAGACUUUCAUAUCAGUACUCCUACUAAUCAAGUCCAAAUGUACAUAAUGUAAAAUUAGCUUGAAGCUGAACAGACCAUGUUAGGCGAAAUGUAACUGUACAAUUGGAGCUUUUUGCAUGUGUCUUUUUAUAAUCAGCAGGUGAGGUGUAUAACAGCAAACAUACCACAUGUCCAAUAAAAGUGCAGCCUGCAUGACGGCGGCCGGAGUCCAGACCAGGGGGUUUUGAGGAGCUUGCAUAGUUUUAAAGGACAAAAAAAAGAGAAGAAAUGACAAAAAAGCUGAAAAAAUAAUUGCAGUUACAAUGUCAAAAGACUUUUGUUUUUUUGUAAAUUGCCAACAGCACAAAUAUUUUAUAUUGUUGUUUGUACAAUUUUUUUAAAAAAUGAAGGAGAAAAACUGGGACAGAGUCUUGUUUCAAGCGUGUGUUUAUAGUGCCACUGCAAUCUUGGUUUCUGAAAUACCAUACAGUACAUGCACAGCCUUGCAGAUCAACCUUGUAAAAUGGACGCUGAGCUGGAGAUUCUCUGUCAGCAUCAUGUGUUAUAAAUAAAAAUUUCCCCUUCUUGUAAAAA